UGGAUAAAUAAAAACGGUUAAAGAUGAGCAGCAGUAUUAUAUUGGAACAUUUAGUAAUCCUCAAUUCGUCUGUAUCGAGGUGAAAGGCUACAAUCGCCUAUUGUCCUUGACUACGGAGUCGUAGUGGGCAAGAGGUCGCCUCGCACGACCCAUCCCGCGGUGUUACGUCCCACUUCCGGCGCUAACUGGGUCACUCGGGAAAUGACCUUACACCACUACAAGGCCGCAGCCCUUAUAAUGUCAAUACAAUUUGUUUUUAAUUCAAAUCAAUAAUACACACAAGAUGUCAGUUUUUAAGCUCGUCUUGUAAUAUUACGGUUAAAUUGGAAUUUUGAAAAAAAGUUAUAACAGCAACAUAGUAUUUUUUUUCCGGUCAGUCCGUUUACCUGGGCAGUGUCGUGUCGUGUCGUGUCGUGCAGUGGGCAGGUGUGCGGUGCAGUCGCGUGCGGGCUCACAUAAAUAUCGCGCGCGGUCUCCUCCGCGCCAGUCUGUGUCCUACCUCGCUCAGUGUCGGUCCUGCGUUCAGUUCCGAGUUGUGUCGUGUCAGUCUGUGUCUGUGUCAGUGCUGGAGAUUUGCAACAUGAUCAUCUGUCUGUCCGGGUUCGUUAUUGCCGGAACCUCUCCCACUUCGUUAUCGUCGCGUAAUGAUGUUAUGUCGAGCGCGACGUACGCGGCGCACCAACAGACGCUGCUGCAGCAUCUCGCGCAUCUGCAGCCUCCGCACGCGCCGCAGCCAGCUCAUCUCGCGCACAGAGGUGGAGGUGCGCGCUGCAGCAGCAGCUCAGAGUCCGUGUCCAGUCACAGCGCCUCUCCACCACCGUCCAGGCGAGUGCGCACACUGUACGCAUGUCUGGGCGAGAGCGAGGGCGAGCUCUCCUUCGAGCCCAACCAGAUCAUCACUCACGUGACGCCCUCCGGAGAGCCCGGCUGGCUGCGCGGCACCCUCGACGGCCGCAGCGGACUCGUGCCGGAGAACUACGUCGAGCCGCUGCCGUAGCCCCGCCCCACACACCCGGCGACACGCCCCCCGCCCACACCAGGCGACACGCCCC